AUUAAAACGCACAAAGUGUGGUCCCGCGGCUCUUUCCUCUUUAAGGAUGACGCAUCACCAUCGUCGUCGUCAUCGCUUCUCUCUCUGAAGUCGGAACUAUAGAGAAAAAUAUUGGGUGAAAUAGUUGGGAGCGCUGAUGGAACCUUGGUUGGUGGUACCUUCUCGUUGGUAGUGAUGGAGAACAAUAGCAACUCAAUUGGGAAAUUCAGUAUUGGCUGCAAUGGAGUCUCACCUUCUCUUGUUAUCAUCGACUGGAGCAAGAAAAGAAAAUUAGAAGAUGAGCAAUUGACGCUGCCAUUAUCAAAGGUCAAGUGUAUAACCCAAUCAUCUGGCAGACUUAGGGAAGCAGCAUUAAGCUUUGAGCAACAAGGCAUUGAAUCUAACACUGGCACUUGUAAUCAGAAGUCUAUGUAUGGAUCGAAGGACUGUGAUCCCAAGAGCAUGCUCACUGAUGUUUUAUCACCUACAGAUAGUGGCGGAGGAUACACCAAACUGGUAACUUGGUCCGGAGAUUCAAGUUCUUGCACUGGAAGCAACAACUCUUUUGGUGACUUCCGCAUCAGAAUGCCUUUUGGUUCACAAGAUGAAAUUAAACAAUCUUCCUUCUCUGAAGAUUCUGAUGGUAGCACUUUCAGGGAAAAUUUGUAUUCCUUAGAUAGCAGAACAAUCACAAGGAAAUCAAAGGACAGUGAGAAAGAAGAAAAAACAGAACUUGCAAGAAAAGAAUCAAACUCUCCCACCAAGCUGUUGAACUGUAUUGGUGUCCUAGAUAGGGAGGUGGACGUUGAAAAUUUGAAUGAAUGUUUAGAUGAUGAAACAGAAUUUUCAUAUUCAGGAUACGAUCAGCUGCUAGACUUGGGCAUAAGCUAUGAUGAGCUAAUCGACUUUGAGGCAUGUCGAAACACAGAUAACGACACCUCCCUGUAUUUCAGUGAUGCACCUUCGCCUAUCUAUCUGCUCUCUUCCGGUGGAUCGAAUGGCCAAGGCAGUGUUAAGUGUGAGAGGAAACCGACAAUCGAUCAAGAAUUUGAGCAGUAUUUCUCCUCACUUAUGCUUUAGUUUAGACUUCUUGUUGCAUAAACAUGAUCAUUUUGUGACAAAAUAAAUUAUGUACUUCGCAGUAAAUUAAUCACAUGCAAAACCUUACUAGCUGUGCAAAAAGUUGCUAUCACAGCUAUUUAUUCGA